CAAGGAUAAGGGGAUACAUAUGUUGGGCACAGAUGAGCUAUGUGUCCCCAAAACUGAUAAAAAGGCACAGAUGUGCUUUUGAAACUAGAACACCCAUAUGGAGACUUGUCCCCAAAGUGUCUCGAUUUGCCAUAUCUUUAUCGAAUCACUGUCCCACUCUGUUCUUCUGGUUUAUCAAAGCAUUUCGGUAGGGUAUUUGGUGCUGGGCAAUGGCUAUGGUUAAGAAUGAAAGAGACUGCUCCGGCGCCAUCGACCACUUCAGGUUAUACUCAAAUCUGGGUACUGCUUUUAGGAGGUCUUGUCUCAGCUGGUAUGUUGGAUGUGUGGGACAUGAUUUCCCAAUAGUCUUUUACCUUGCUCUGGGUGGAUCCUUGCUAUCAUACAUUUACUCUGCUCCACCUCUAAAGCUUAAAAAAAGAGGUCAUCUACUGUUAAAGCCCAGACAUUGGAUACUUAUUAGUAGAUACACACGAGCAUUGCAGAACCUUCAAAGGUACCAGAACAAGGGCAGCUUUUGUCUUUAUUAUUGGAUUUUGGUUGCUGGAUCUUGGCAAUAAUACAGUGCAGGUAACGAGUGCAUCAAAGAGGUCAAUAUCCAAUCUAAACGACCUUCAUAACCUGUGGAAGCAUCUCAUCUUCUCAUCAACUAAGAAGGAAGAGCUGAAAUUCAAGAAAUUCACUUGCUUCUUCAAAUCCUGCUGAUGAAAGGACUGCAUCUAUAUAUAUACAUAUAUAUAUA